CAGAGCCCAGAGCGAGGACUCAGCGCGAGUGAGCAGCAGCGUCCAGCACGAUGAAGGCGCUCGGGGCUGUCCUGCUUACCCUGCUGCUGUGCAGGCAGCCAGGGAGCGGGCAGCCACAGGAGGAGGACAACGACGGGGACUACGGGCCGGACACCUACGAAGAGGAAGAUGAGGACGAGGAGGAAGAGGAAGAGGCCAACACUAUCCCUGGCAGCAGGGGCAGAGGGCUGCGGUGCUACACCUGCGAGUCCCUGCGCAGGGAGGAGAGCUGCAACCUGACCCAGAGCUGCUCGCUCAGCCAGACCUUCUGCACAACCCUCGUGGCCCACGGGAACACUGAGUCAGGCCUCCUGACCACCUACUCAACGUGGUGUGCAGACAGCUGCCAACCUGUCAGCAGGACGGCAGAGGGGACCCAGAUGACCGUGACCUGCUGCCAAUCCACCCUGUGCAACGUCCCACCCUGGCAGGGCUCCCAAGUCCAGGACUCACCGGGCAGGGGAGCAGGUGGCUCUGAAAGUGUGGGCACAGCCCUCCUGCUCAGCCUCCUCACCAGCCUUUGGGCAAUGGGGCCCUGAAGACCCUGACCCACCAGCUACCCCACCCCAGCCCACCACACCCAGCUGUACCCUGGCCUGGCCAGCGUUCUGCCGGCGACUUCUCCUCCCCUCCCCACUCCACCAGCUUUGGAGAAUAAACUUGAAGCAUCUUUCAUGAUCCAGCCAGCACUGCCUCCUCCCAGCGAGGUCUGUUUCCUCGGUUUCCCCGCCAGGCAGCCUUGGCCUCUGCGCUCCACUACCUGUGAGCAGCAGGAUGGCAGCAUGCAGG